UCGGCUUAACCUUCCAGCCGGCACAGAGCUCGGGGGCACCGGCGACAGUGAAGGUCAGAGUCCACAGACUAACCCCUGCAGCCCACGGCUACGAAGGGCCUCCAGUCCCUGGGAGUUUUAAAAUGCGGUUCGAGGAAGGGCAUUUCUGAUCAUUCUCUUUCAAGGACAUGAUCCAGCCCAAAGGGAGAAAAAAAGCGCACUUUCUUCGAGGCCCUCCUCACUACACGUAGGCAGUUCCACAGUCCAGCAGCGUCUGCCGCGUUCUUUUAGAAAUGCAGCCUCGGGAGCCUCCCUCCAGCUCCUCUGAGUGAGAAGCUACACCUUAAGAUUCCCAGGGCAUUCCUGGUGAUCUUAGAAGUCUCUGCCAUGGAAUCCAUCUCUAUGAUGGGAAGCCCUAAGACCCUGGAGACGUUUCUGCCUAAUGGCAUAAACGGUAUCAAAGACGCAAGGAAGGUCACCGUGGGGGUGAUAGGAAGUGGGGAUUUUGCCAAGUCUCUGACCAUUCGGCUUAUCAGGUGCGGCUAUCACGUGGUCAUAGGAAGCAGAAAUCCUAAGUUCGCGUCUGAGUUUUUUCCUCAUGUGGUAGACGUCACCCACCAUGAAGACGCUUUAACGAAGACGAAUAUAAUAUUCGUGGCUAUCCAUAGAGAGCAUUACACAUCCCUGUGGGACCUGAGGCAUCUGCUGGUGGGCAAAGUCCUCAUUGAUGUAAGCAACAACAUGAGAGUAAACCAGUACCCAGAAUCCAAUGCAGAGUACCUGGCUUCGUUAUUUCCGGAUUCCCUGAUUGUCAAGGGGUUUAAUGUGAUCUCAGCCUGGGCACUUCAGUUAGGCCCCAAGGAUGCCAGCCGCCAGGUUUAUAUAUGCAGCAACAAUAUCCAAGCUCGACAACAGGUUAUUGAGCUCGCCCGUCAGUUGAAUUUUAUUCCCGUCGACUUGGGAUCUCUGUCAUCAGCCAAGGAGAUUGAAAAUUUACCCCUGCGACUGUUCACUCUCUGGAGGGGGCCGGUGGUAGUAGCCAUAAGUUUGGCCACGUUUUUCUUUAUUUAUUCCUUUGUCAGGGAUGUGAUCCAUCCCUAUGCCAGAAACCAGCAGAGUGACUUUUACAAGAUUCCUAUUGAGAUUGUGAACAAAACCUUGCCUAUAGUCGCUAUCACUCUGCUGUCCCUGGUAUACCUGGCAGGUCUCCUGGCAGCUGCCUAUCAGCUUUAUUACGGAACGAAGUACCGUAGGUUUCCGCCGUGGUUGGACACCUGGUUACAGUGCAGGAAACAGCUGGGGUUGUUGAGCUUUUUCUUUGCCGUGGUCCACGUUGCCUACAGCCUCUGCUUACCGAUGAGGAGGUCGGAAAGAUACUUGUUCCUCAACAUGGCUUAUCAGCAGGUUCAUGCGAAUAUUGAAAAUGCUUGGAAUGAGGAAGAGGUUUGGAGGAUCGAGAUGUACAUCUCCUUCGGCAUCAUGAGCCUGGGCUUACUGUCCCUGCUGGCAGUCACUUCCAUCCCUUCAGUGAGCAACGCCUUAAACUGGAGGGAGUUCAGUUUUAUUCAGUCUACGCUUGGCUACGUCGCCCUGCUCAUCACGACCUUCCACGUGUUAAUUUACGGAUGGAAACGCGCGUUUGCGGAAGAGUACUACCGCUUUUACACGCCGCCAAACUUUGUUCUUGCGCUCAUCUUACCCUCCGUUGUACUUCUGGGUAAGAUGAUGUUACUCCUCCCGUGCAUAGGCCGGAAGCUCAGACGGAUUAAAAAGGGCUGGGAAAAGAGCCAGUUUCUAGAGGAGGGCAUGGGAGGAACUGUUCCUCAUCUGUCCCCAGAGAGGGUCACAGUGAUGUGAUGACAAGAGGUCCUCGCUGAUGCCGCACACACUUCCAUUCAUGCCAUUACUUUAGGCCCUCGCCCUGUCCCUGUCAGCGGACUGUCAGUUGGCCACAGUCUGAAACCCGCAGUGAGAUUUCAGGCGAGAGGGACGUGAGAUUCUCUUCAAGUUAAUUUUUAUAAAUGCCAUGUUUUUCCAACAUGUAAUUUUGUAGUCCAUAUAUAUUGUUACAAUCUCAGAGUAUUUUCUUUUGUGAAACUGCAACAGCGUUGUUCUUUUAACCGUAUUGCGUAGUUGGGCAGAAAUAUUUGUAGCUAGUAACACAGAUGAAGUACGACAUUUAGAACAUUUGGCAAAGCAGCAGAAAUAGAAGCUUUUAACAUUAUUCAGUGAAUAUGCUUUUUCCCUGAGGCUGAAGAUUUUAAUUAUUAUCCAAUUUAAGAAGCAGAAAUGCAUAAUCAUAUUUUUUUGAGACGGGGCACAUCACAUUAGCAUCUAGGGUACGAGGGAGCAAUCUUAACGCUUUCACAAAAACGGGGCCGGAAGAAUGCCAUUCAUUAUACCAAGCAGCAUGAACAUGUGAGCACGAGUUAAAGACAAGCCUAAAAUUGUAUUUAAUGUGCACUGGAGACGCAAAGUGAACACUGCCAGUGCACAACUCACGAGAGCUUUAGUCUCUGUCACAUUACAGAGCCUUCCAUUUUCCUCUUUGUCAACCAGGGGAAGGACCCAACGACACUUGACCUCCCGAACUGUUACUCUGAAUACAGGGCCAACCCCAGGGAUUAUGGACCUGUCCUUAAUUGUAAUGAAAGUAAUUGUUACACACCAGUGUGUGUUUGUUACUUUGGCCAGUCACCACCUUUCCUGUGUGGGAUUUUACUGACAUCCACAGAGGGAGUGUGAAAUGGUUCUAAACACUGGUCCAUUUAAUACUUACAGCAAACCUGUGUAAUGGUUCUCUUCAUUUCCCACAUGGAAAUGAAGGGUAGAAAAGUUAAGCUUGCCUGAGGUCACACAGUGAGAAAGUGGCAGGGUGAGCAGUCACCCUAGGGAGUCCUCCUCCUGGAGCCACGGCUUUAUAAGCAUCAGUAUUCGCAACCCCUGCCCAUGCACUAAGGUCACAAGGCCGGUCUCGAUGGUUCCUUCCUUGUACAGUCAUCGGCAGCCUUCAGAGUAUGUCGAGUGCUUCAAAGGAUGUCUAAAGGUAUCUUAAUCAUAAUUUUAUUAUUGCUCGUGGCAGGGCGUAGUUGCCUGGAAACCCAGAGUAGCCCAAAGCCUCCCCGUGCAGUGAAGGACUGAGCAGUCAGAAGGUGGUAACUAUUGAUAUCCUGCGACUCUUUAAAAAUCCCCACCCACGUCCUCUGCUCCUCCUGAGAAGCCUUCCCGCCUUUAUUACCAUUCACUUGGAAGUGGUUUUUAAACAUAAAGGAUAUUAGGACACAUGGUUAAUUAUAAAUCUAUAUGAUUAUGUAUCUCUGAACACACAAUCGUAUAGACUUCCCAGUGCUGGUCUUCCAUGAGUAAACUGCAUUUUGUCCAAAGUUUGGGAUAUACAACAUGUUCUCCAUUUGUUCCUUAUUUAUUGUAGUAAAACUUACAGACAAGAUGUAAUUGUGUGUGUUCUUCCUAAAAUUGUAUCACCUCUAAAGUUGCCCACAGACUUGAAUCGAACCAUCAAAAAUAAAAGGACUCUUAUUUUUGUGGAAC